CAAAUAACAACAACACAUUAAUUGUUCGCCCAAGCUAGCGAAGGAUCACACGGAAAAAAUCAUAACUCGCAAUAAUCCGACCGAAAUACGAUGCAAAUUUGCGUGCCGGAAGUGUUCGCUGUCGAAUGAUGCGUUAUUCGGAAAUACCGCGCGACCUUGCCGAGAGACAAACGUGCAAAAGCAAGCUAGGGCGAGAAACGAAAGCUGGCCGAAGCUUAUCGUCAACAGGCGGCCACAACGAAUCGUACGAUGGCGACGGUGAUGAUGGAUACGAGCGAUUCUGCUCCUCCUCCUCCUCGGGGAACGUUUCGCAACAGCAUGUGGAGAAAACGUUAGACGGAAGCAUCGAUGCGCCAUUGAUCGAGGAUGGUAAACGAAAACCGGAACGGCAGCGCGAUCGUCAACCGCUGGACGAUAAACACUUGUGCCAUAAAGCAACCGCAGGUUCGAUCGAAAGUCUCAACGAUGGAUGUACAGCAACGGCGUCAUUUAGACCAUGGCAUAGUUAUUCGAAAAAAUCGUACAGCCUACCGCCGAACACAACGAUCAGCGACGUGGGCUCGAUUGUAUUCAGCUGCCAGCAGGUAUCGCCGGCCGAACUGGCCGCCCAGAUAACGCUGCUGGAUUUUCCCAUCUUUAAUGCAAUUCAACCCGAGGAGCUGACCAGCUGCGGCUGGACAAAGAAAAACAAACAUACUCUAGCGCCGAAUGUGGUGGCGUUUACGAAGCGCUUCAACCAUACGACAUUUUGGACUGUACAGGAAAUACUCAAUGGCGUCAGUCCGAAGGAUCGGGCCGAGAUUAUCAGUCAUUUUAUCAAGGUGGCAAAAAAAUUACAUGACAUCAACAAUCUUCACUCACUGUUUGCCGUAAUAUCAGCGCUCAAAAGUGCCAGUGUACAUCGAUUGAAAGAAAGCUGGUUACUGGUGUCCCGCAAAGAUCAGCAACAGCUAGACCGAUUGGGCCUACUAUUUGAUGAGAGUGAUAAUUGGGCGGCAUUACGAAAAUGUUUAAAUCAAUUCAAACUUCCCGGUAUACCGUAUCUGGGGAUAUUUUUGACGGAUAUUAUCUACAUCGAUGUAAUGCACCCUAGCAAGUCGGGAGAGGAGAGUUAUGCACGUGAAUCUAAAAUGAACAACGUGUUGCGGGUGUUGUCUAGCUACCAAAGUUCGAACUAUACGUUCAUCAGUCCAGUACCACCGACGCUUCGUUACCUGCAGUCACGGCGGUACAUUGACGAGCUUCAGAACAUAUUUGAAGAGGAUCAAUACAAGAAAUCUCUCAACUUGGAGCCCACUGCGACCGCGUCGGCUACAACGUCGUCUUUCGGUACUGUACGUUUACCAAAACCAAAAACGGACCACAAUGAUAUUGGUAGCCGCAAUACGAUGCGAACGUCGGUUGCCUUGACCGAGGGCGAAGAUUCGCCAGACUCAGCGCUGGGCACACCAAACACUGCUCUAUCGGCGCGGCAGUUUGUACCUGGCCACAGGAAAUGUUACAGCUUAGGGACAAAUAUAUUUUAUCCUAGAUCUUCCGAACAAUCGAGCGCCUCCUCAUCCGCAUCAAGCAGUCGUCACAACGCAAAGGCAGUGGACGGUCUGAGCAAGAUGCGCCAUUUGCUCGAUGAUUCCUACGUGGAAGCUAAGCGCGCAAACAGCAUCGGUGCAACCGGUGGCAAUGGAGGUCAUAGUAGCGAUCAUGAAUCGGAACACGCGACAGCAUUGCAGAUAGUCGAGCUAGAACCGAUAACGAGUGGUAAUUUGGUCGAGGGAUACUUGAAGCGCAAAACUGUCCUGAAAUAUGGUCGCAAACCGACCGUUGCAUCCUGGCAGCGAUACUGGGUGCUGAUUUGGUCCAACACGAUGAUCUACUUUCCUCCUAAAACGUUUAAAGGCAACGAGCGAAGCAACUUUAAGAAAGAACCAUCCAAAAUAUUUCCCCUAGAAGGAUGGACGGCAGAAGAGUCGGAUCUUCCGCUGCAGGACGAAUUCUUCCAGCUGGUAAACUACAACCAUGGCCACGCGUAUCGUUUCAAGUCGGGUUCGAAUGCAUCGGCCAACAGGUGGCUGGCAGCAUUGAAGCUGGUGACCACACCGAAACCAGCAGAACCACUAUCUAUAUCUUUGAAUCUAAUAUCAUUUGAAUAACGAG